AACCCGUUUUUAAAUCUUAUUGUUUUUAUGCAUCUUUAUUAGCAAUAAAAAUGUUGCUAAUGGCAUCGUUAACGGCAUUUCAACGUCUCAAGCGAAAGGUAUUUGCAAAUCCAGAAGACACAAUGGUUUCUGGGGCGAAAGUGGCGCUAGAUGAUCCAUACGUGGAACGUAUAAGAAGAGCACAUUAUAACGACAUCGAAAAUAUUCUACUGUUCAUAUCCAUUGGAUUUUUGUAUUCAUUAACCAAACCAAAACCAGUUAUCGCCGUGAAUUUAUUUCGAAUUUUUACAAUUGCAAGAUUUCUACACACAGUUGUUUAUACAAUAGUUAUAAUACGACAACCGGCUCGAGCAUUAUGUUGGAUGACUGGAUACACGAUCACCAUAUUCAUGGCCAUUUGGUGUAUUAAAUCAAAUUUAGCACCUUAAAAAAAGUAGUUUUUUUUUGCAAAUGAUAUUGUGGUUUCAGAUCAGUGCGUAAUAAAUUUAUAGACAACUUGGA